AUGAGUCUUCAUGUUGAUGAUCUCAUCAUAAGUGGGACCCCUGAGUUCCUCACUUGGUUCCUUAAGAAAAUACAGGAACACUUCACUGUCGGUCAUGAGGACAAGAACGACUUUACGUUCAUCGGACAGCGUGUUCUUUGGGUUCUUGAUGCACAAGGUAAGAAGAAGUACAUAUCGAUCGAUCAAAAGCUGUAUGUUUCUGAGCUUGAGGAGAUCGUCAUACCUAAGCAUCUUAAGGAUGCCGAUGCGUGUGACAAAGAGCUCUCCACACUGCUUGGUAGCAUCAACUGGCUUCAGUCGAGGGCGCAGUUUCAGGCGUGCUAUCAGUUCUCUCGCUUGGCUUCAGCAUCUGCUGCUCCGACCGUCGGUCACUGCAAGGAGUUGAACAAACUGUGUCGACAGAUACGCAGUGAAAAGGUUGAGUUGCGGGUGUGGCCACUUGGCCCUGCUCCUUUCAUGGAUCGCGACGGCGAGUCGAGCACUUCUGAUUUUGAAGUGCUUUCCGCUCACUUGAGCGACUUGCAGCAAUCUCACGAGUUGCUUCAGCAUCGUGUUUUGUACCUGGAGGGGCGUAUUCGUGACCUUGAAGAAGGUGCUGCUUUCUCUGCUACUACUUUGUCAGGGGUCCAGAACGAGCAGCAACAACUUGCUUCGAGGUUGUCUUGGUUGGAGCGAUUUUCCAACUCCUUGAUUGCUUUCGUGCUGCGGGUUAUGACAUCCUUUGUGAACGAUCUUGAGGCUAUUCGUUUGGCCUCUCAGAGCAGUCAGGACCCUCCAGGACCGUCUUUGGUUCCACAGGCUCCCAAGUGCACGUCAGUGGCUACACCUGUGGCUUCUUUAGAGCGGACCACUGGUCAGCCUCCCAACCAGCUUGUGCAUAUCGACGCUGAGGAAGGACUGCCCAAGGCAUCAGGGAAGCUUUCCGCAUCUUUCUUGGAGCAUCUGGAUAAGCUGCAUUGCGAAUCUUCUGAUUUAGGUGGAGAACGAGCCGUCGUUCAGCCGGCAGAUGGUCAGUUGCGCAUGAGCUCUGUGGGCCUGCAGGAUUCUCCCGCCAAGUCAGGUUCCUCAGCUAGCUGGGAUCUAAUCGCUCCAGAUUCGCUUAAUGCUUCUUCUGUUGCAGUGCCUUUGGUGUGCACGGUUAAGCGUUAUCGCAAGACAUCUCUGCCAGUGCAAGAAACUCCAGCAGAUGUUUCGCCUGUGCUCUUGCAGGUUCGCCCCAAAUCUUCCGGGUAUAGGUCGCGAUCUCGAUCAGAGGAAAGGGCGCCUUUGUCCAUGGCUGGCUCAGGUGAUGGGGCGUCGCACGUUGACCACAGGCACAAGUUGAGUAUUGGGUCUAAGAUCCCACUAGGUCCCUUUCGACCCCUCCCCGCCCCUGCUCCUGUCCCUAGGUCCCGGGUUGCCUCGCCUUCGGUUGGGGGUAGGCCCGGUUUGUGCCCGCCUGUGCCACGAGCCAAGAAUCGUGCAGCCUUCUAUGCGAAGCACAAUCGUGUGCCGCUUGUGGGCGGGACGCAUGGGCUUUCUGUGCCUGCUGCCGUCUCAAAGAUCGUAUCUCCUGCAGGUGCCGGAGUGUCUGGCUCUGCGUCUCGAGGUACAAGGAAUUCCCUGCAGGCACCUUCUCCGGUCGUUGGCCGGGCUGCUAAGAGUGGCGGCCUCACAUUGCAACAGAGCGUUCACCAGCACCAAUUUGCCAGUGUGCUUGUGAUUUGGGAGUUGGUGAAGCCCUUGGUUUUGCCAUUUUCUCCAGUUUUACAGGACUUGCAAAGCAGCGUGCGUGCUACAGAUUUGGAGCUAGGGUUGUUGCGUACGGUAGCUGAAUCCACAGCCUUGCGAUAUCUUCAGGUUGUGCACAAGUUCUUGGAUCAGUUAAGGGUGCUUUGGAAUCUGUCGUGGGACUCCGCCUCGCAAUCGGCCGUUGUGGAUUGCAUAGUCUCCUUGCGACGGGAUCAUCAGGACUGCCAUCAACUUAAUGCCUUCAAGGCACUGCGCUGGCUGGCAAAGUUGCUUCGCCUUCAGGUGGAUAAUCUUUACGACGGCUUGUUCAAGCCUCUGGUGAACGUGGCAAGCUCGGGCAAGUUGCGUCGUGAGUCCUAUCCUCUGCCUUGGAGGCUGGUCAGCUUCUUUGAGCAGGCACUGAUCUUUCGGACGUUGCCAGUGCCUGCCUUGCUCCUUGCUGGGGCUGCGCUUUCUUGUAUUUUCGGGUCGUUGCGCUGGUCUGAUUCCCAGCACUUGCGCUGGGACAGCAUCGUCUUCUCGGCAUCCUGUGUGCGCGCCCUUAUCUUCAGGACCAAGACCUCUCGGGCAGGGAUGCCGGUAGGCUUUCGCGUUGCCGGGGUUCGCGGGGCUGAAGCCUCAGUCAUGCAGUCAUGGGUGGCUCAUUAUCUUGAGCUCUUGCCCAAUGCUUGGGUUGAGAUGAGGGCUGCCUUUGGUGAACUAGUUUGUCCUGAUUGUUUGUGGUUCUCUUGGGAUAGUCAAUCGGCCACCUUCGCACCGCUUAGUUACGCCCAGUGUCUGCGCUUCUUGCGUGAGUCCGCUGUCGCGGCUGGCCUCUCGGAAGGUGUCCUCGAAGCGCCGAAUUGUACGGCCGAUGUGGUUUUGGCUAAGGUGCAGGCAGGAUGGCUUCCAUUGACGCCGCUGGCUCGUGGCGGGCAGGUUCCCAUUCAGCAGGCAUUGCGGGGUGUUCAGCCGUGUGCGUCUUUAGCCUCUUGCUUCCCGUUGCUACCGGACUUCAGUGCGGCUCACGAUCCUGAGGCAGCCGCGGUGACGAUGAUGGCAUCUCAGGUUGCAGCGGCGGACACUUUGUCCGAGCCGACCCAGGCGCCUUCCCAGACGCCGGCUGCUGUACAAGAUUUUGAUUCCUCUUCUUCCGACGGCGAGCCCGCAGACGUAGAGUCGUUGGGCGAUGCUGAGGAGGUCUGUUUUCUUCGUGCGAAGUCGGGCAUCAUUCACAUUGCUUCCCCGGCUCCCUCAGGCACAGGCGUGUCCUGUGGGUCGCUCUGGCUUAAGCCCGCCUGUGGCAUGCUGUCUUCGGAGCUCGAGAUGGUUGGCUCAGUGCCAACGGGGGCGCGGCGCGGCUUUGUCGACACAAGGCGUGUCAAGGGUGCCUUGCCGGUGGAUCCCGAUCCUUCGGUCUCGACGAUGGCCUCCCUUCUUGCUUCGCAUAACAUACCCGAGGCGCUACACUACCACUUUGCGGAGUUCACGCCAGAAAUCUUUGCUAAUGUGGCAACGGAUGCAGCGAGCCUGGAUCGCUUCCUGGGUAGUCUCGUGGAAAACUUGGGUGCUGAUCAGUUCGUUGUCGAGGCUAGGGGCAUGCGAGAGGACUUCCUGUCGUCUUAUCCUUCGGAGCUUUUGUCGCUGGAGGAGACCCCGGGUUCAAGGUUGAUGGCACUCGUGUACAGGGGUGUUUCGGAUAAGUCUCUCAAGUGGCCGCAGUGGAAGCACCGCCUGUCCGUUGCGCAAGAACAGGCCCAUCAGCUGUCCAGACCGUCGAAAAUGCCUCGCUUGGAAUGCCUUCUUUUCGACGAUGUACCGACUAAGGAGGUGCCACAUGUCCUCCAGUACGGUUAUGUUUCAGGCAUUUUGAACAUGCAUGCCACGGCACUGGCCUUGUGCAAGGCUGCUCACCUGUCGGUCUUAAAACGUUAUGUGCGGUCGUUCUUGCGGUUGUGCUUCCCGCAGCUUGAAUCCGGUUUUCGAGGUCCCUCGGUGAGCGAAGCUAUUACUGCAGAUGAAAAAGCAUGGCAGGCCAUCAACGAGCUUUACGCCUACCAUGAUUGGGAUUUAGGAGAUGCCGUGGCCGAGAUCAUUGAUGUCCGCAUGACGCUUCAUGUGUACCUGCAGCCUCGUACCUCGUGA